UGACAUAUGUGUAAUGCGAUAUUUAGCGGUCACCAUUUAUUACUCAACUAUAAACAUAAUUAUUUGCUUACUCGACGUUGUACUUGCAAACAACAUUUCAUCUACAAAACCAACCAGCGCAUGCAGUGCGUAAUUUUAGUCCCAUUUUAGUCAAUUACGAAUUUCAAAUUACUCUAAACCCUCAUCGUGUCCUAUUUAUUAUCUUGCGUUUGCUAUCUACAGAAGUGUAAAUAGAUACCGUACCUAGUGGAAUCUUAUGAAAAAGUAACUGUAGUACAAACGUUUACACGGAUACGUGCACACGAACAGGCAAGGUCGGAGAAAGCGGCCGAAGUGAGAAAGUUCUAACUUCGGAAAGUGUUCCGGGUAGUAAACACGUCAGGGGGCAAAGGAACAAUUAUCCAAAAGAAUUUGAUAAUCAUAAUUUGACGAUUCAGUGAAUCGGCGUCCGGCUACGAAUGAAAACAGCUGCGGUAUCGCAGCCGAGUAAAGGCCCAAACAUGUUUCUCUUAUUCGGUUCAAUUUUUAUCUUCGCCGCCGGUGUUGCAGCUUAUUUCAAACCGAAGAAAAGCCUGUCUCACAUCACCACUGAGAUACUAUACGAAUUCAAGUACAACGCGCUUGGGAUGAAGGCCCUUGUGGCAGAUUUUCUUGAGUCCAAACGCAACAGACUCGACCUACCCAAAAAGGCGGGAAAAGUUGCUAUCGUUACAGGUGGAUCUCGAGGAAUCGGUGUUGCAGUUGUUAAAAUGCUGCUCCAGUGUGACAUGGAAGUAAUAAUUGCGUGCAGAACGCCUGCAGCUGCCGACAGAGUUGUCAGAUCACUAAGAGAAUCAGGGGUGACCGGAGGAUCGACAAAAGUGUAUCAAUUGGAUAACAACAGCCUUGAAUCUGUGAGGAGAUUUGCCGAAUCCGUUAAGGUGGAGUACCGAAAAAUUGACGUUCUCGUGAACAAUGCUGGCGUCAUGUUUACUCCUUAUUCUGAAACUAAGGAAGGUUUCGAACAGCAAUGGGGUGUUAAUUACCUCUCUCAUUUUUUGUUGACUUCGCUGCUUCUGCCGUUGCUAAAAGCUGCUGGAUCGCAGAACGAGUCGGCUAGAAUCGUUAACGUCUCUUCAUGCGCUCAUCUCGUUGGCACAAUAAAUUUUGACGAUAUUAAUUUCAAAAAAUCUUUUAUCACAUCAGCUGCGUACGCUCAGAGCAAAUUGGCUCAAGUAAUGUUCACGAGAUCCAUCCAAGACCUGCUGGUCAAGGAGCGUAUUUGCGUUGAAGCUUACUCUGUUCAUCCUGGAAUAGUGAAUACGGAUCUCUUUAAUAAUACAGCGCUGAAAAAGCAUGCCCAAUGGAUAAUCAACUUGUUCUUCAAGAAUCCGACACAAGGGGCUACUCCAAUUGUUUAUGCUGCUGUGAGUAAUGAGAUCGCAGGAAAAGGUGGAAUGUACAUCAGUAACUGUGGCGAAAGUCCAGUUAAUGACAAAGUUGAGGAUCCAGAGAUUCGUCAACGACUGUUCAAUUUGUCACUUGAACAAACUGGAUUACAAAGUUUUAUCUAAAAUUAUGUUGCUUCUGAUAUUACGUUCUAUAACAGCGGCCUUAACAUGGUACAAAACGACAUCGUGAGUCAGUUUGACAAAUUAAAGAACUAGAUAAUUACAUUCUGUAGCCAGAAUAUAAGUAUUAACUUGAAAACAUACUCAUGUACAUAGCUGUCUGACUAAAACGUAAGUAUUACAAUAUUCAUGUACUUAAAACGAGUUGGAAGGUCUGGCGUUGAAAAGGGUAAAAAUCUUUAUUUGUUGAAUUAUUUUACGAACCUCGAACAAAGAAGAAAACUCGGAUGUGUUCAGUUGAGAGAUUUUAUUUGGUUACAAAGAAUAUCAAGUGUAUGAAGACUGGACAAAAAUAUACAUCAUGUAUUCAUAGUUUUACAGAGAAAAAUGUGAAAUGUUCUUAGAAUAAAUAAUUAUUUCUCGACUUCCAAAUAUCUUUUGAGAUUAUAUUUGUAAGUUGUUACCUAUUUAUUUUUAUGAUACAGUGUUAUACAUGUCACUUGAAAUAGAGUAAACUUCAUUAUUGCGUCAAGAAAUCAAAUUAUACGUAAUUUUUUUUUUUUUUAAUUGUAAGUGUACGUAUUUUUUCAAUUGAUUUUAAUUAAUUUGUUGAUAGAUUUACACAAUCUUAGAUAAUGUAGUCUGAGUACCCAAAUAAUAUAGAAAUAAUGAAUCAACGGAUAACCGAAUGACGAGUUUUAAUCAAUCCAAUAAUCCUAAGUGAAAUUUCGAAUGUAAUGAGAAUAGCCCGCAAACCCAGCCAACACAAAAUGGGGGUGCUUAAUAUGGAGAUAUAGAUAUUUAUUUGAAUAUAAAUUGUAACACUAUCACGGUAGGUUGAUUUUAAUUUUUAUUAAAUAAAUUACAAGAUAUUGGUCAA